UAUUUAUAUCAUAGUUUUAUAUCAUUAUUACUUUCCGCAUAUAUUUGGCAUAAAGCAUUAAACUUUGAAAAAUUGAAGAAUGCAAUCAAAUUACUUACAGCUGGCUGAUUUGGCAAAAAAAAUUGAAUAUCGUGAGAACAUUAAACUUGACGACUUUAAAAAUGUGAAGAAAUAUUUGGAUUCUUUUCAUGAAGUUAAAGAAGAAGAUUUAUGCAAUUUAUAUCAUUCUGUACGCUUCUUGCGUAAUACCUGCAUUAACUCGAAGAAAAACCAAGACACAAUUUUAUCAGCCAAUCUUCUUCCUGCAUUUAUUAAUAUUUUGAAAAAACUGUUAGAUAUGCAGUUGAUGGUCUUGAAUAAAGAAAUGCUUUUAAAAUGCAAUAAAAUAUGCAUGGAGUUCUUGGGAAAUUUGGUUGUUCAAAAUAAUGCAGCUGUCAAAUCUGUUUGGGACUUAUGUUCAUCAUUUAUGUUAUUUCAUAUUAUGUCAAACAUGGAUUCGCACGGGAAAGAUAUUACUUGCAUGGUUUUGUUUAACUGUUUGAAAGAAAGAGAGGAGUUAUUUGAGAAAGAAGACGAUAUCUGGCUUUUGAUAUCAAUUAUUGAACACUGCAUUAAUUAUGAAGAUGCUGAAUGGGGGGUAUUUGUUAUUCAACUUGUUAUCAGAUGCAAAAAUUUUACUUUGUUAUAUAAAAAUCUUAUAGACUAUCCAGAAUACAGGUUAUUUCUUCUAGACGUGCUAUUAGAAGACUUGAAUUGUUGCAAAUAUAUUUCUAAGGAAGAAACAUUUUUGUUCUUUGCUGAAAAUUUUGAAUCAAAAUCACUGUGUAUAAUGAUGUUAGUUGCUGAGGACUGCCAACAGUUUCAUGAAGAAUCAUUACUGCUGUAUAAAACCCUGUCAUUGUUGUGUGAAGCUACAUCACAUGUAAAGUUUACUUUAUUAAGACAGAAGAAAAGUUUGAUGCAAUGUGCAUUAGGUUUAUUGAAAAAUAUAGCUUCAGUGGAUUUAACUGUAAAUAUAAAUGAAAAAAGUCCAACUUUUGGUUUUAAGCGCGAUCUUAUUCGAUUAAUUGGAAAUAUGAGUUAUCAAAAUGAAGCUAUUCAAAAUGAGGUACACGAUUCAGGUGGUAUUCCUCUCAUUUUAAAUGCAUGCAGUAUAGACGAAAAAAACCCUUACAUAAUGCAGUGGUCUAUAUUUGCUACCCGUAAUCUAUGUGAGGGAAACGUUCGCAACCAACGUGUUAUUAAAGAUUUAGAACAGCAAGGUCUUGCGUCGAACGAUAUUCUUACUGAUUCUCAUGUGUGUGUAAAAAUCAUAGAUGGCAAAGUAAAGUUAGGACCUAUUGACUAUACGUAAAAGUGUUUCAAAUUUUCAAUACAUACUUAACGAGCUUUGCUACCCAAAA